CGACGUCAUCAAAUGGCGACACUUUUGACUGUAAGCGAGGCGGCCUUUCUCGUGCGUUUGCUAAACCGACUGGAAUCAGACCUUCAGUUAGAGAAACCAGCGCAUGAUGGAGAGUGUUUGGAGAAGAAGGACGCCUGCGUUCGUGAGGUCGUUGUUGAUGGACGAUGAGCUGAGCAGUGGGACAGAACCUGGACAGAUGAGUAAAGACGGGAUUUCACUUCCUGUGGCGGCGGCGUGUGGUGCUGAUGUGACUCCAGGUGCUGAUGAAGAGAACACAUUCUCCUCAUUACGACCCUGUGGACUGUGUCUCAGUAACCCGGCGCGUUACACCUGUCCCCGCUGUAAUGUCCCCUACUGUGGACUGUCCUGUUACCGUGGUUCAGCUCACACAGCCUGUUCAGAACUGUUUUAUAAAGACUGUGUAUCUGAGGAGCUGAGACGGCGUGGCAGGGUGGAGCAUGAGGACAGGACUCACAUGCGGGACAUCCUGCUGAAGUUGCGGCAGGCAGAAGGGGGAAUGGGCAGAGUCGCGAGGGAUCUGAUGGAGAACGGCGGAGUGACGGAGAAGGACACCGAGACCUUAAUGCUGCUGUCCAGACUAGCCGAGAUUCAGACGGACAGAGAGGAAGGACAGGAGGACGAGGUGCAGGACAUCCUGAAGAGACUCAGACAGACAGACGGUGAGGAAGAUGAGGAAGGGGAAGAUAUUGUAACGAGGCUGUCAGGACUAAACAUCGAGUCCCUUAAUGAAGAUGAGCUGUGGAAGCUCCUGCCGGAGAAGGACAAGCAGAAGUUUGAGCAGCUGUUAAAGGAUGGAGGGAUCGGUGCUCUCAUUCCAAUAUGGCAGCCGUGGUGGGAGGAGCAUGAGCGAGACCGUGCAGUUCUGAUUGAGGAACUCCAGCAGGAUGGACAUGCUGAAGAAACAAGCAUCCCAAAAGAAGGAGAGGACAGAGACCUUCAAGAAUUGGACAUGACAUUAGAAUCUCCAUCACCACUGAAACAAGAAGUCAAGAAACAGCAGGUAAAAAUGGAGGAAAGUAGAAACGCUCCUCCUCCAAUCAGCUGUGAAAUCCCGCCCCUGUCCUCUCUUUGCUCUGCCUCUCCGUCACCGCUGGUGAAGUUCAGCUUGGUGAACGUGCUGUAUGGAUACGCCUUCACGCUCCAUCUCUUUAACGGAGACGUGUCAGAGACCCAGCAGCUACUGGAGUUCACUCAGCUCCUUCUGUCCGUGUCCGAGUGUUUGGGAAGCAGUCGGACGUUUGGCUCAUUCUCCGAGGCUCUGAGUUCGGCGAUGGCAUCUGUAUCUGCGGAAAAGUACGACUCGGACUCGGCGCUGAGCGCAGUAGAAGCCAUGGCUCACAUCCUGAGCGGCGCAAAUAAGGACAAUGGGGCAGGAUACACACUCUCAGCACUCUCUCACCUGCGCUCGGUGUUCAGGAGGGUGCGAAUCGCAGCUCCCCGAGACCACACCCACUUCAGGAGGAUGUGUUUCCUGGCAGGAAAGAAAUGCGAGUUCCUGCAGGCGUGGGCCAAAGAAAACACACACACACUGAGGGGUUUAGCCAGAUGGGCCUGGUCAGAGUAUCAGAAACAGACAGCUGAGAGACAGGCGAUGGAGAGAGACAGGAAGCAGGUGGAGGAGAGCUGGAAGAAAGGAAGAGCUCAAGGAAAAGUGAUGAUUGAAGAGAUUUAA